CUUCAGUCAGACCUGCUUUCGUGUUUGCAACGACAUUGACGGUUUACUUUUUAAGUAACCACCAAUCUGUAUCUUAAGUUCGAUAAUAAACGCGAGCGUUACUGCUGGAAAAGUCACUCCGAUGGAUGACCGGCAAAAAAUUUAGUGUGCAGAAGUGAAAAGUUAAGACUGUUAGGUGAUAUUGUGAUUUAACACCGAGAUUGGAAUUUUCCAAAAAAAGUGGCUCCAACGGUUAUUGCCGUGGCUGUAGAGAGGACCGAAUUUCAAGACAGACUCGAAGAUUUAGCAACAGAUUGCGCGAGUAUAUAGGAACAGGAGCUAAAAAUUCUCUGAUCUCACUGUAUUGACGACCGAGCCAAGAAGUUUUGAUAUCGUAUCAGCUAUACACCGGUGUCGUGCUGCUGCCGGUACUUUGAGCCGUCGAGCUGUCAAUCGGAGGGGAUACCCCACCUCACUGCUUCUGACGAUUCUUCUAGGCCUGCCGAUAAAAUGAAUGAAGAAAAAAAAUCAGUCAUGUGCGAUAACUCCGCGGCUGAGGAGGAAGACAUGGUCGAGCGGGAAUUAGCAGAAGAUGCCGAGUGGAAGCGGAUACAGCAGAACACCUUCACCAGAUGGGCCAACGAACACCUCAAAUGUGUCAGCAAGCACAUUGGGGAUCUCGAGUCCGAUCUCUCCGAUGGUCUCAGGCUCGUCAGUUUGGUUGAGGUUCUCUCACAAAAACACCUUCCCAAACAUAAUAAACGACCCACCUUUCGAUCCCAGAAACUGGAGAACGUUUCUGUCGCUCUCAAAUUCCUCGAGGAUGAGGGAAUACGCAUAGUAAACAUUGAUUCUACUGACAUUGUGGACUGUAAACUAAAAUUGAUUCUGGGCCUAAUAUGGACUCUCAUUCUUCACUACUCGAUAUCGAUGCCAAUGUGGGAUGGAGAAGAUAUGGAAAGUCCAGACAAGGGUGCUACACCCAAGCAAAGACUAAUGAACUGGAUCCGAUCAAAAGUUCCAAACAUGCCGAUUGGAAAUUUCACAUCAGAUUGGAACGAUGGUCGUGCUGUCGGUGCCUUGGUUGAUGCUGUUGCGCCAGGUUUAUGCCCUGAUUGGCAGGAUUGGAAUCCCAAUGAUGCGAUGCAGAAUGCUUCGGAGGCUAUGGGUCUUGCUGACGAUUGGUUGAACAUACCUCAGCUCAUAAAACCAGAGGAGAUGGUCAAUCCAAAUAUCGACGAAAUGUCAAUGAUGACAUACCUCUCGCAGUAUCCAAAUGCAAAAUUGAAACCUGGAGCGCCACUAAGACCUCGCACAAAUCCAAACAGCAUUCCCCCACCUCGAGUUCGCGCUUAUGGACCAGGAAUAGAACCUACCGGUCCAAUAAUUGGAGCACCAGCUAAUUUCACUGUUGAAACAUUUUCUGCGGGCAAAGGAAAAGUUGACGUCUUCGUUGAAGAUCCUAAAGGCGAAAAGUUGCCGGUAAAUAUCAGAUUCAAUCAAGACAGAAAUCUUACAUAUUCUGUUUCCUACACACCAAAAGUUGAAGGACCACACAAAGUGAAAGUUCUCUUUGCCGGAAGGGAGAUUCCAAAAAGUCCGUACACUGUACUUGUCGAAGGACAUGCAGGAGAUCCUACUAAAGUAACAGCUAGUGGUCCUGGCCUUCAACCUGUUGGAAAUGUUAUAAACAGACCUACAUUCUUUGACAUAUUCACCAAGGAUGCUGGUAGAGGUGUUCCAGAAGUCAUUGUUCUCGAUCCGCUGAAAAACAUCAUUCCGUCAAAAUUACGACAAACAUCACCAAACGUCUGGAGGUGUGAAUACGUUUCUCCCGUUCUUGGCCUUCACUCUGUUAAUGUCUUUUUUGCCGGUAAACUUAUUCCUGAAAGUCCGAUGGGAGUUAAUAUGGCCCCCGUCUCCGAUGCAAAGAAGUGCAGAGCUUAUGGUCGAGGACUUUUGCCUAACGGAGUACGUGUUAAAGAUGACGCAGAUUUCACUAUUAUAACAAAAGACGCCGGGGAUGGAGAACCCGAAGUUCGAGUGAUUGGUCCCGGUGGUGUUAAUCUACCUGCACAGCUAACAAAAGUGGAUGCUACGACGUACAAUUGCGUUUACAAUCCUGUGAAGGAAGGACGUCAUGUAGUAAUGGUAACCUAUGGAGGAAAAGAAAUUCGAAAGUCACCAUUUGAAGUAAAUGUCGGACCAUACAAAGAAUCAAAUAUCAGAGUUUUUGGACCCGGAUUGACUGGAGGUGUAGUUGGAUAUCCAGCGAAAUUUGUAGUCGAUACAAAUGGAGAGACUGGAGCUCUCGGAUUCUCUAUUGAGGGUCCGUCCAAGGCUAAAAUCGAUUGUUUUGACAAUGGCGAUGGCACAGCAGACGUCACUUAUUAUCCAACUGCUGUAGGCCCUUAUGCAAUUCAUAUUCUCUGUGAUUCAGAAGAAAUUCCCAAGUCUCCCUAUAUUGCCAACAUUAUCCCGAAAGCUGACUACGAACCGGAUAAGGUUGAUGUUCAUGGACCUGGAAUACAACCGGAAGGAGUUUCGUCAAAUAAACCAACUCACUUCACAAUUGACACUAAAAAAGCUGGUAAAGCUCCUCUUGAUGUUAAAAUUCGAGAUGGCCUGGGACGCGAUGUUCCAAUCAAAAUUGAUGAUAAACGAGAUGGUACUUAUCAGUGUCAUUAUACACCGACUUCAGGUUCUCAGCAUGUUGUCAUGGUGAGUUAUGGAGGAGUUGCUGUUAAGAAAUCUCCAUACAGAGUAAAAGUGGCAGCUCCACUUAAUCCUGCCUUAGUAACAGCUUCUGGUCCAGGAUUGGAGAAAAAUGUAAAAUCUAAUACGCCUAUACAUUUCAAUGUUAAUUGUCGCGAAGCGGGACCUGGAGAUUUAGAGGUCACUGUGAAAAAUCCGGAAGGACGAGAUCUUCCUAUUUCUUUAACUGAUAACGAGGAUGGAACUUAUACCGUUGAUUAUUGUCCACCUACACCCGGACCUUACACUGUGAAUUUAAAUUAUGGAGGACUGAAAGUUCCGAGUAGUCCAUAUAAAGUUAACGUUCAGCCAGCAUUAGACGUCUCCAAAGUUAAAGUAGAUGGACUUUCUCCAAAUCUUAAUGUGAAUCAACCAACAGAAUUUACAAUUGACACACGAGCUGUCCCAAAAGUGAAAAACGAAGACGUACCAAUUUCUUGUUCUAUCAAUAAUCCAACUGGUGGAGUACUUGAAAAAGUGAUUACGCCUCAAAAUGACGGAACGUAUAAAGUUGAAUAUACGCCUUUCGUAGAAGGACCGCACACAAUAGAUGUUCUUUGUAAUAAUAUUCCCGUUCCUGGAUCUCCAUUUCCAGUAAGCGUCAAGAAAACAAGUGAUGCAGGACGGUGUCGUGCUUUCGGACCUGGACUCCAAAAGGGUGUGGUUAACAAACCAAAUCACUUUACUGUUGAAACAAAAGAUGCUGGUACUGGAGGACUUCGACUUUUAAUAGAAGGUCCCAGUGAAGCGAUUGUGAAAUGCAAAGAUAACUAUGAUGGAUCCUGCAGCGUAGAAUAUGAACCUAGUGAACCAGGAGAAUACGAUGUCAGUAUCAAAUUUGCCGACAAAGACAUACCCGGAUCUCCAUUCAAAGUUCCAAUAGAAUCGCAGUCAAUCGCAAGAGAUGUGGUAGCUCACGGGCCUGGAAUAGAACCGAAUAAAGUACGAGAAGGGGUUCCAGCCAAGUUUAUCGUCGACACUUCAAAAGCACCCCCAGCGCAAUUGGAUGUAAAAGUGAAAACUGAUAGGGGCCAAAUUGGAAAACCAGAAAUCAAAAGUCGUGGUGGUGGAAUAUACGAGGUGACUUAUCAGCCUUCACCAGCUGGUAGCAAUGUGCAGGUCGAUGUUCUAUAUGGAGGAGAAAACAUCAAAGGAAGUCCUUACAAAGUCAACGUUAAUACAUCUUGCGAUCCUAGCAAAGUUGUUCUUUCUGGACCAGGAGUUGCUCCUGUUUGCACCGCCUCCUUCCCUACCGACUUUGUUGUAGAUACAUCCAAUGCUGGAUAUGGAGAUCUUGAAGUUCAAGUUCUGGGACCAGACCAAGUUCCUCGACGAGUUGGGAUUGAAGAUCUUGGUGAUGGAAAGUAUAAGGCAACUUAUUUGCCUGAUGAUUGCGGACGGUACAAGCUGAACGUCAAGUACGGAGGACAAGAAGUUCCGGGAAGUCCAGUUAAUGUUCAGAGUGUAUCAACUGGUAAGGCAGACCAGUGUAAGAUUAAGGAAGGAGUUCAACAAACUUUAGCGCAGGGCGAGGAGUACUGCAUCACUGUUGAUACUGAAAACGCUGGUCGCGGUGCUGUAACCUGUCGCAUACGUUCUACUUCUGGAAGUGAAGAUGUUGACAUAGACAUUCAAGAUAAUGGAGAUGGAACUGUCGAUAUUUACUAUACAGUAGCGGAUGCCGGUGAAUAUACCUUGAGCAUCAAAUUCGGUGGUCAACCUAUUCCGGAAGGCUUCUACACUUUCACGGCUUCAGAGGAAUACCGAGAGCAUAGCAGCCACAAAACUCGACAGGCGAAAAAAACUAAACAAAGCCAACAACAACACGUCGUCGAACAACAUAGUUCGAGUGUUCAGGAGAGUGUCAGUGUUACAAAACGUAGUACUACAAAAGAUUCUUCUCAGAAAAAGUUCAACGUCGUUCGGCUUAAUAACAUCCCCCUACCUUCUACUAGUGGCAAAGUAACAUCUGAAGUAAAGAUGCCAAGUGGAAACAUUGACAAACCUGUUAUUGAAGACAAUCAUGAUGGCACUGUUUCUCUCAAAUACGAUCCAAGAGAAGAAGGUCUUCAUGAAAUUUCUGUGAGAUUUAAUGGCGAACAUAUUCCAGGAUCCCCUUAUAAGUUCCAUGUAGAUUCUUUAGCAAGUGGAUAUGUGACGGCUUAUGGUCCUGGCUUAGUUUACGGCGUUUGUGGUGAACCUGGAAACUUCACUAUCUCCACCAAAGGAGCAGGCGCAGGUGGAUUGUCUAUGGCCGUAGAAGGUCCUAGCAAAGCUGAAAUUUCCUGCCACGACAACAAAGAUGGAACAGUCUCUGUUUCUUAUCUACCAACAGCGCCCGGAGAAUACAAGAUCACUGUUAAGUUCGGCGAUAAGCACAUUAGAGGCAGUCCCUACGUUGCCAAAAUUACUGGCGAGGGUCGCAAGAGGAACCAAAUAUCAGUAGGAUCUUCGAGUGAAGUUCAGCUUCCAGGAAAAGUAUCCGACGAAGAUAUCAGAUCGUUAAAUGCCUCGAUCACAGCUCCAAGUGGUUUGGAGGAGCCAUGCUUCCUGAAGAAGUUGCCUAGUGGAAACAUGUGUGUCUCUUUCACUCCUCGCGAGUCUGGAGAACAUACAGUUGCGGUAAAACGAAUGGGCAAGCACAUUGCCAAUUCGCCUUUCAAAAUAGACGUUAAGGAUCGUGAAGUUGGUGACGCGAAAAAAGUCAAAGUUAAAGGCAAUGCCCUCAAGGAAGGAAAGACUCACGUGGAAAAUACAUUCUCCAUCGAUACGAGAAACGCCGGAUACGGUGGCUUAUCCCUCUCCAUGGAGGGACCGAGUAAAGCAGAAAUCCAGUGCAAAGACAACGAAGACGGCACAUUAAACAUUUCGUACAAGCCAACCGAACCAGGGUAUUACAUCAUGAACUUGAAAUUCGCCGACCAUCAUGUCGAGGGUUCGCCUUUCACAGUCAAGGUUUCCGGAGAAGGAAGCAAUCGUCAGAGGGAAAAGAUUCAACGACAAAGGGAAGCUGUUCCUAUUACGGAAGUUGGCAGUCAAUGCAAACUUACGUUUAAAAUGCCUGGAAUUACUUCCUUUGACCUGUCGGCAACGGUCACUUCUCCGGGCGGUGUCACUGAAGACGCUGAAGUUAAGGAAAUCGAGGAUGGUCUUUAUGCCGUUGCUUUCGUGCCAAAGGAACUUGGUGUACAUACAGUGUCCGUUAAAUACAAGGAAUUGCACAUUCCUGGAUCACCUUUCCAAUUCACCGUUGGUCCACUGAGGGACGGUGGAGCUCACAGAGUUCACGCCGGAGGUCCUGGACUCGAGAGGGGAGAGCAGGGUGAGCCUUGCGAGUUUAAUAUCUGGACUCGAGAGGCCGGAGCAGGAACACUCGCUGUGUCUGUUGAGGGUCCCAGCAAAGCUCAGAUCGACUUCAAGGAUCGCAAGGAUGGCAGUUGUUACGUCAGUUACGUAGUUUCCGAACCAGGUGAAUACAGAGUGGGAAUUAAAUUCAAUGAUCAACACAUCCCGGAUUCUCCACAUAGAGUUUACAUUUCUCCAGCAAUGGGAGAUGCUCACAAGGUUGAAAUAGCUCAAUUUCCUGAUUCCGGAGUACAAAUUGACAAACCGGCAACUUUCCUUGUUCGCAACAAUGGUGCCAAGGGACAACUCGAUGGAAAGAUCGUUUCUCCCAGUGGAGUUGAGGAUGACUGUUUCAUCCAAGCCAUUGACUCUGAGGAAUACUCGGUGAGGUUUAUGCCCCAUGAGAAUGGAGUCCACAAUAUCCAUCUUAAAUUCAAUGGAGUUCACAUAAACGGAAGUCCGUUUAGAGUGAAGGUCGGCAAAGUGGACGCUGAUCCGGCUGCUAUCCACGUCCAUGGAAAUGGAUUGUCCGAAGUGAAAACAGGACAAAAGACCGAUUUUAUUAUUGACACGUGUAAUGCUGGUUCUGGAGCUCUCGGAGUCACUGUCGACGGUCCCAGCAAAGUUGCGAUGGAUUGCACUGAAGUUGAAGAAGGCUACAAAGUCAGGUACACCCCCUUAGUUCCUGGCGAUUACUACAUCAGCAUCAAAUAUAACGGAUAUCAUACUGUUGGAUCGCCUUAUAAAGUUACAGCGACAGGGAAAGACUUAGCUGAGAGGGGAGCUCAAGAAACUAGCACAAUUGUUGUUGAAACUGUACAAAAAAUAUCCAAGUCAAAAAAUGCCGGUCCAAUUCUUCCACGUUUCAAAUCUGAUGCCAGUAAAGUAUCAAGUAAAGGCAUGGGACUGAAAAAAGCUUAUCUAGGAAAACAAAAUCAAUUCACUGUCAAUGCUACAGACGCAGGCAACAACAUUUUGUACUGUGGUGUAUAUGGACCUAAAGGCCCUUGCGAGGAAGUUUAUGUGAAACACGCGGGAAGAAAUAACUAUAACGUAAGCUACUUAGUACGUGAACGAGGAGAAUAUAUAGUUAUUGUAAAAUGGGGUGACGAUCAUAUUCCUGGAUCACCUUAUAAAGUAGAAGUUUAGAUUGAAAAUCGAAAUCCUUAUAUGGAAAAAAACGAGAAAUGAAUUGAUGUAUUUUUUUGCGAGAGCAAAUUUUAUGCGCGAACAAAAGUUUCGAAUGUCAAAUGAUCACUUUAGAUGUUAUUUAAUUAUCAAUUUUGUCAUUGUGAGUGCAGCAUCUAGAUUUUUUAACACAACUUGCCUAUUUCUCAAUGUCCCCCCCAACCGACCAAUUUACUUUUUAUAGUUUAGCAAAAUUGCUACUUGGUAUUUCCAAGAGUUAGGAUGUAAGAUAUUAUCGUUCUGGAUAUUUUUAUUACACAAGAUACGACAGUGUUUUUUCGUCAAUUUAUUUCAAUUUAUCUGAUUAAAUUAUAAAUUUGAUAAGUUAAAUUAAAAAAAGCAUAACUUUGGGACAUUUUAUUCUUUAAGUUUUAUUAUCUUAGAUUGAUGAACAUCCAGAUGUGCCUUAUUAUUUACAUAAACAUAUUAUAUAUUUAAAACAAAAAUCAAAAUAUCAUAAAUAAAUCUCCAUUGCGUUACAGUGAGUCAUUAUUAUAUUACCGAUAAAAGCGUAUAUUGUUAUAGAAAUAAAACUAAUAUAUAUUUAUUAACA